UCCCUGUUGAGUACUUGAAUAUCUCUGCAAAGUUUGUUUACAUACGUGUUGAAAGCUGAGUGAAUCGUUAACAAGUAACAUAAAUAUAAUAGUGAGCGUAGUUUAAAACCAGAAUGGAUUCGUACCAGAAAAGACGCAAACCUGGAUAUUACUCAAACAAAUCGAAGAAACCGAGAAACUUUACGUUGGAACCAGGACUGAAAGGCUUUAUUUGCACGUGCAACAUUAGGGAGAAAGACUGUAUUAGAGAGGCGUAUAAUAUACUUAAUGAAUACGCCGACCAGUUAUAUGGAAACGAGAGGGAGUCACGAAACUGGCGAGAAAGACCUGAGAAAGCAAAUGAGGAAUCAGAUGGAGAAAUUGAAACAGCUCUAAGUAAUGAAAUAGAAUCAAUUAAGGCAGAAUCAAAGAAAACAGUUGACGGAAGAAGAUUCCAAGUUGUUGAAUCAGGAGCAAAUAACUGCCUGUUCAUCCGUACAAAUUUGGAUGAUCCUGUAGAUUUAAUGCAGCAUAUUCUUAAAGACAUAGAAACAUCUAAAAAGCAAAAGACUCGUUUCCUUCUUCGAAUGAUUCCAAUAGAAGUAACUUGUAAGGCUUACUUGGAUGACAUCAAGGAGAAAGUGUCAGUGCUGUUUGACAAAUAUUUUACCAAAGAAGAAAAGACUUUUUCUAUAAUAAUCAACCGCCGCAACAGCAACAUGGUAUCUCGUGAUGACGCCAUUGCAGAAUUGGCAGAAAUGAUAAAAAUGAGGAACAUAAACAACCGUGUUGACUUAAAACAACCCCAGUUGACUGUAAUUAUUGAAGUAAUUCGCUCAAUGUGUUGUAUUGGUAUACUGCCAGACUACUUCAGAUUCCGCAAGUACAAUCUUUUAGAAUUAGCCUCACCAGAAGGAAAAAAGGGCGAUGAAGAUUCUGCACAGAAAGACAGUUCAGGAGAACCUGCUGUUAAUGAAGAAGAAAAAGCAAGCCCAUGUGACAGUGCAGGUAAUGUCGACACUUCUGAAGAAAAUGGUAAAGGCCAAGACUGUGUUGUGACAGAAGGAAAGCCUGCAGACGGGUGCAAUGAAGACCAGAGCUCUAUCUCCUCAGAGUGCCAACUUGAAUCUACAGAUGAUACAAAAAAUGACAUCAAAAGCCAGUCACAGGAUACAAAAACUGAUCCUGGUGCUGGUACAGUUGAUGUUACUGAAAGUGGAAAUGGUGAUAGUUUGUCUCAGAAGACAGAAAACUGUGCUAUAGAUACAAAGUAAUGUAAACAUCAAAGCAAAAACUGCUUUCAUUGUUAAAAUAAAGAAUUGUAUUUUGUUGUUCCAUGGUUUGUGACACGUAGUCAAAAAACUUUUGUUUUUACACCUAAAAUAUUUCUCAAUAUUUAAGAUGUAUAUUGUUAAUUUGGCAUAUCAAUGUACUACUUGUGUUCCAAAACAGCUGUAUCUUUGUGUGGAAAACACCCAUGGAACUUAUUCUUUUUAUGAGUUGAUGCAUUUAUAGUUUUUUCACGGCAUUGUAUGUUGUGGUUUGUGAGUAUUGCUAUGUUACUUACCCAUUGUUAUCCACUUUCACUUCAGAAAUAUUGCAGAUGGAGUGAGAUCUCUGCUUAUUUAUUGUAUAUUUUCUGUACAAUAAUUUAUUUUAAAAAUAAACAAAUCCAAUGGAGCUUUCUUUACAUAUAAA